UCACAUCCGAGGGAGUUAUCUGACUGUGGGUGUGUGCCUCUUUAGUGGUGGUGUUUUUUUCCUUUUUCUAUCUCUCGUUUAGGUGAGUCAAAGCAAAUCAGGAAGUAUGAGGCCAUGACAGUGGAGAGAAACGUAGACACACAAUGGCACCAUGUCUGCUUUUACCGCUGCUUAUGUAAGGCGAGGUCCCAGGGAGAUGAGACCUGUGCUACUGUUGCUGUUACUGGCCAGUCUGGCCGGAACAGGUCAGUUUGAUGAUAACUCCGAUGCCCCUGAAGGCGAAGAGGAAGAAGUCACCACUAACGACCAAUCCUUCCCGGCAAGCGGUGAAUCAGAGGAUGACCAAGGUCCUAUGACAACUGAAUCAUCUCAAGACCAAACGAAUGUCACGUUGACACCAGAGGAUCAAGAUAUGUUGAACAACAGUGACGCCGCUGAACCCCUGGAUGAGGGUCUUAGCUUCACCAUCAUCCUGGUCCCCGUGGUGCUGGUGGUGGUCAUCAUAGGCAUGAUUGUGUGUGGCAUCGCCAUGAGCCGCAAGUGGAAUCAGAAGAUGACCACAUCAGAUAAAACAAAUGAUUCAUAUAUGCAAGCAAGCAGCACAGAGAAGGUACCAAUGCCUAUGUUUGACGAUGACAUCCCCUCCGUGCUGGAGCUCGAGAUGGAGGACAUGGACCAAUGGGUCGAGAAUAAUGCCUAACGAAAAUAAAAACUGCUGACACCAUCCCUCCCUGGAAAUGUAUUUACCGAAAAACAUUCUCUUUUCAAGCAAGGACCCACUGUUACCUAUAUAUAUCACCAAUACCUAUUUCAGUCAAUACCUUGAAUAUGCAAAUAACUAGACAACAUAAUAAUGCCUUUUAUGAAUUUUUGAAUUUUCCAUUCACUCAGUUUUGUACUUGUUUGUCUGUUCCUUGUUUAUUUAUUGUUUUCUAUGUGUCCGUUGCCUUUUUGUAUUUGGCUGUCCAUGCUAAUUGCAUGGAACUGCACAUGUGACGUCUGCGUAUGAUACUAUUAGUUUGGAAAAAGUCUGACUGUAAGUAAGUCUUAAUCUUCUAUUUUCUGCUUCAAAGAUUGUUUUAUCCAAUAAACUAUGACUAGAAUUAAUUAUUGUGAUGGAUAAUAAUUAAUAAAUGUAAUGAUUGGUAAACAAAAAACAAAUACAUAAAAAUAGUGGUAUUUUUUACAAUGCGUAGGCAAUAUGUAAAUCUAGAAUUUUCCAAACAGUGCUUCAUUCUGGCUCAACUGGUUUGUAUGUUGGUGAGACUGAGAACCACAUUAUUCCAUGAUGGAUUGGAUUGAAAAACAAAACAAAAAAACUAAAGAGGAGAAAGACUGCACGAAGUCGUAAUUUGUUGCAUUGAAACUAAUAUAAUUUAUGUCAGAAAUGUUAGAUUGGCCGGAUUUCUACAACACAAUGUAACGUACAAAAAAUCAUUUGCAUAUUUAAAAUGUCGGAGCCGAGUUUGUUGGCCGAACUUUUAACUCUUUAUCUUCAAAGAUACGCCCCGAUGAGACAUACAUCUAUUGUUUAAUAUCUGGAAAUAUUAAUAAAUAAAUAAAUAUAUAA